AUGGUGGGUUUGAUUAACUUAGCAUUUUUCAUAAAUUUUGAAGAAGAAAGGAAGAAUCUUUCUUCUAAUAGUAGCUUAAAAGCUCAGGUCUUUGUAGGGGUUUUGGGUUCUGAUUCCUCGUGGGACAGCACAAAGAAGAUUUUUCUCUUAGAAUUAGCGGAAGAAGUGAAGUAUUCAAGAGAACCAGAUAACCAAACCAAGUCAUGCAAAGCUAGGGGAUCUGAUCUCCGUGUUCACUUUAAGAACACAAGAGAGACUGCUUUUUCAAUCCGGAAGAUGCCUUUGGACAAGGCUAAACGGUACUUGGAGGAUGUUUUGGCACACAAGCAAGCUAUUCCAUUCAGACGCUUCUGCGGUGGGGUUGGGCGAACUGCUCAAGCUAAGAACCGCCACUCAAAUGGACAAGGGCGCUGGCCUGUUAAAUCUGCUAAAUUUAUCCUUGAUUUGCUGAAGAAUGCCGAAAGCAAUGCUGAGGUGAAAGGUUUGGAUGUUGAUGCACUUUACAUAUCACAUAUCCAAGUCAAUCAAGCACAAAAACAGCGUCGUCGUACUUAUCGUGCCCAUGGAAGGAUCAAUCCUUACAUGUCAUCACCAUGUCACAUUGAGUUAAUUUUGUCGGAAAAGGAAGAACCUGUCAAGAAAGAGGCUGAUACUCAGAUUGCUCCUAGGAAGUCUUAA